GUAUCCGUCAAUAUAACUUAGUAUCUCCCAAGACUCUGAUCUAAAUAAUACCGUCAUCCAGCCGAAGAAACUUGAAAACACGUCAUUCAACAAAACUUGAACCUCUGCAACUUAACCUAAUGUUUACCUGCCUAUCACGCAACAGGAAACACCAGUAAGGACAUUGAUGAGACGACAAAAAAGCGACCCACUUACUGUCUGAACUAGGAUGUGAUUUAUAAGACACUGUCACCACUUCAGCAACAUGGCCGAUCAAGAGAAGAAUGGAGUUAACAUUGCUAAUGGAGUCGUAUCAGGACUAGUGUUGGCUUGUGGUGCCAUCUACAGCGCAUUGUCGGGAAUCUACAUUGACAGCGUCCUUGCUAGUGUGGGCGGCAUAUUGGGUAUUACAUUCAUUCCUUUGUGGAGCAUCGGGUUUGCUUACAUCGUUCCAGGACUCCUCGGGCUCCUAGCAACCUGCACAAAGGCGAAAUGUGCUUACAUCACCCAGAUGGUGUUCUGCAUCCUUACUCUCCUGAUCAUGGGGAUCUUCGUCAUCAUAGCCUUGCUGUCAUUAACUGCCCUCAGUUACGUCGCGGCUGGAUGCCAAUCCUCAUCCUCGGGCUCAUGCUCCCUUACUUCCGGAAGCUUCUACGCUGUUCUCUACAGCAUCUCCAUCAGCAUGGUCCUUGGCUGGGUCCUCACACUGGUCAUCACAAUACUCGGCGGCAUGCUGGCCUGCAGACGACCGGCAACCCAAGGACAGGUCAUGGUACCCAUGACACAAAUGACAGUCGUGACUGGCAGUAAUAGCAUGCAGCCCAUGGGCCACAUGACCUACCCUAACAACAGUGCCUACACGCAAGGCACAGGCUACCCUGACAACAGGGCCUACACGCAAGGCACAGGAUACUCUGACAACAGGGCCUACACGCAAGGCACAGGCUACCCUGACAAUAAGGCCUACACGCAAGGCACAGACUACCCUGACAACAGGGCCUACACGCAAGGCACAGGCUACCCUGACAACAGGGCCUACACGCAAGGCACAGGCUACCCUAACAACAGUGCCUACACGCAAGGCACAGGCUACUCUGACAACAGGGCCUACACGCAAGGCACAGACUACCCUGCCUAUAUGCAACCUUCAGACUACCAGUCGUCUCGCCAAGGGCGAGAAAAGUACUAAAACGUUUGGUUAAACCUUGCCUAAAUGUUAUUUACGAACACAAUAUAGUUUUGAAAAAGGUAUGAAAGGACCAAAUAUGCACACUUCACUGUAAUGUAUUAUUGGUUAUUUACAAAUAAAACAAGUACACAUGUUAUAACCAUACAUUACUUAAAUGCUACUCUGAAUUUGUGAGUCAAAACGGGAAUACCUUUGAUGUUAAUAACGCAUGAUGGAUGAGCAUAUUUUUUCGUAAUCCAGUUCUGAUUUGUUCUUGAAACUGGGUGUCAAGGAUAAUGCACGCCAUAUUACGAUCUGUUAGAUAUUAGAUUGGCUCCCAUCAUCGCAGUGCAAAUACCUUCAAAUCUCACCAUAUACUACUCAUUCUUUUAUGACUUCAAUCAAUCUUUAUUCUUAUGGUAGUGGAGGCCAUAGGCCCAUUCUUCGGUUACAUCAUUGCUUGAGAGAAUGACAGCAUAUAUACAUUGGUACAUUGAUAUAUAUUGUUUAUCCAAGUCUUUGUCUUAGUUGCAUUGAUUUAUAUACAAACGUUUGAAAAAAUGUGUGAAGACAUUCGUAAACUAAAAUGAAGUCUUUGGGGGAUAUUUACACACUCCUGAAAUUGCCAUAAGCUUAGCACACAAGUACCAAAUGGUAUUCAUCCUCUAGGCAUCUUUGUUUACAUACAUGACAUAUUCUAUCUGAUUCUGAUUCUUUAACAUAACGGAAUUUUGAAAAGGAUUUUUAAAAAUAUAGAAAUCAAACCCUAAGACUAUUUUGAAAGAAGCGAAGGCUACCUAUUUUGAACAGAAAAAAAGUGCUGCAUGCCAAUAUUGCUCGUAGGAUGAGUUCAGUCUAUACACAAACUCUGUUAUAAACCUAGAUACACUAUAAACACUCUGCCAGACAUAUCCGAAAUCAAAACUGUAUAAAAUGGCUUUAAUUUUUAAAGCCCAGUUGGUCUUUCCAUUCACAGUUUGUUUGUUUGUUUGUUUUUCAUAACAAUGAUUUACAGAGUUUAUGUGGAGUGUUGCUUUCAACAGCUAAACUACAUAAUCUACAUGUAUUUCACUACGUUUGCGCCAGGGUAUUCCUUGCAAAGAAUAAGUGGAGAAAGAGUGUAUUAAAUGAAAUAUCUACCCAUGAGGAAGACGUAUGGAAAUAUUAAUUAUCAUGUAGAGCUGACCUGUUUCGAUAUUCUAAACUUUACACAUCUCUUACUCCUCAUGCACUAUACAGCAUUGUAAAGUUACAUCCAGAAUUGAGAAAA